GUUAUCACGUCGCUGACUCCGAGACAUUUGCUCUCCUAUCAAGGACUAGCCGCGAUCCCGCUACGAGCUGAGGACGCUACCCACAUCAUCAGGCAACCAAACCGGACACCGCGGCACACCGGAAAAGCCUCGCCAACAUGCCUGGCGUUCAGCUUCUCCUCAGGGCGGCCACGCUCAUCUUCUUUCUCCUCCUCCUCUUACCUUCCACCCAAGCGCAGAGCACACGCUGCCAAUGGGCCACUCUCCGCUCCGCCACAGACGCGGUGCUGGACUCCGUCCGCACCGGCACACUCUCCACAUUCCCUCGCUCUGCCAACUUCACCUACACCCAAAACCUCCACCCCACAAACCUCGCCGCGCCGGAGAGCAUCCUCUCCGCGCCCAUCUCAGCAGCCCAUGUGCACAGCAUCAUCGACCAAGACGCCUGCGCCACCUUCAUCAAGCUCCUCCUCUCCCCUUCCGACGCCCCCGGAAACGGGAACGAACCCAUCCUGGUAGGCAUGCACCUGCACUACACCAGGGCCACCUCAACCGGGGGGAGCACCCUCACCGCGCUCCAUCUUGUAUCAGCCGGCCCGCAGGACUGGCAGAUGGGCGUUGCGCCUAGUACUCCUACCCCUGACAUCACACCCACACUCCUCUCUUACCUCGAAAAGGAGGACUGGACGGCCAUCAGCCGCGCCCGGCAGGAUAGCAGGGAGGUGCUGCUCUCCGUGGCCGGGUCAUAUCUGGAUUUCCUCGCCGGAAAUUCCACCCCUCCCUCUAACUCCACCUCCAACUCCACGGUAGUAGUGCCAGUGCCUUGGGGAAGGCCGUGUUCCCGCCUCGAUGGGGCCGUGUACGUCGCUAUAGGAGAGGAGGAGAGGUGUGACAAGGGGAUUGUGACCUUCCAGGAGGGCCCCGGCCACGGGGUCGGUGUGACGGAGCGCAGCUCGUUGGUGGUGGACGAAUCGGUCGGCGCGGUCAGCGUGCUGGCGAGGGAUGGCAGGCUGCAUGAUGCGGCUAGUAGCUUUGAAAUGAGGGUUGUUGCGGGGAGGUUGAGGUAUGUGCAUCAGUUUGCGAGUCUGAUGGGUUAAGACACAGGUAGCUUAGUACUGUUAGCAAGCGUAAGCGGAUGAAGGCCCCCUGGGCGGUAGCGAUUUAUCCUGUCCUGGGUAUGCAGGAAGUUUGACGGGACAAAGAGGGAGAGAGAUCGUCCAUGGCAGAGCGAGUGUACAUAAACAAUCAAGAAUGAGCAAUGAAGAAAAACCGAGUAAAGUCGUCGAAAGCAAAAA